CUUCUCAUCAAUGGAUGCAUACUCUAUUCUACCCUAGACACAACACCGAUCAGAAGCUACGUGAAUAGCUUUUGAACAAUGUGGAAGCUGCCGAAGUUAUUACACCUUAUUCGUACCGGCUUCGCGUCUUGUCUGGACAAGUAUAAAACCUGUCGCCCACCCCGCUUGCCCCUUGUCAAGUUGUUUUCUGUUGCAUUCCCUGCAGAUUUAGCAUCAGCUGCACGCCACAUUUACAUUGUCGCAAUCCAUACAGAGGUUGCCCUUCUCAGCAGUGUAAAAGUCGCUAGCCACACACAAAGUGUCUCUGCACCGCAUGGUUGUCCCACUUAUGGUCCCAGUCGUGGCGUCUGCAGUGUCUGCAGUGGUAUCUGCGGGGUCUGCCACGUUUGCGGCCAUCUGGCCAAUGCAUUUUGCCAGAGCCAGGCAACUGGAAGCAGAAGAGACAGCAAGGAAGAUGAAAACUGACUUAAUGGAGAUUUUGAUCCGCGUAAUGUUGCAGAACCAUCUGGAUGAACUGCAACACUCAGCUGCAGAAGAUAGUCGCAGAGUGGAAGAAGCAAGGCUCGCUGCUGAGAAGAAAUGGUUCGAAGGCGUUCGCCCCGAGUGUCACCCUUCAGAGGAAGAUAUCAAUCGGAUGAAGGCCACGUAUCAUUACAAUCCGGGAUUCAUCCACAUCGCAGUUGUUGGCUCUGCUGGAGCUGGCAAGUCGUCCUUCAUCAAUGCCGUCCGUGGCUUGUCCACAAAUCAUACCAUGGCCGCUCCUGCGGGAAUCAUCGAGACCACUCGCACCGUCACGAGGUACCCUGAUCCACGCCCGAACUCCCGGACAAUUUGGUAUGACAUUCCCGGAUCAGGCACUCUAGAGGUGCCGGACUGGAAAUACUUCAAUGACAUGGGCCUCUACAUCUUUGAUUGCAUCAUCGUGGUCAUAGACAAUCGUUUCUUGGAUUCCGACCUUGCCAUCCUCCGCACUUGUGAGCAGUUCAAGAACAUUGAGGCGUUCCUUGUUCGCUCCAAGUCAGACCAGCACAUCAAAAACAUGGUGUCCCAGAAGAUGGGUUUCGACCCUUGGGAUCCCGACUCGGACAUGGACGACACAACACGUUCUCUUUUCCGGUUGACGAGAUCACAAGAACACCAGAGGUUCAUCGAUGAAACGCACCAGAAUGUCCAAAUUAACAUUGAGAAGGGGAACCUCCCUCCUAAGAAUGUCUACAUCGUUUGCAACGACGCCAUGCAUCAGACAGUGUGCACUGGAAAGAUCCACCCCACAAAGGCAAUUGACGAGACAAAGCUUCUGGAUGAUGUCAAAGAAUUUACGUUGAAGCGUCUACAGUUGGGGUGUUCAAACUAGGCCUGUCCCGAAUCCUGACAGCCCUAACACAAGGUUUGUAUCAGUACCACAUCUUUUAGUCUUCUGUUUGCUGGUUAUGUUCAUUU